AUGCUGGCUGUCCGCGACCACGACCACGACCGCGUCCUCUACCUCUCGAUCAAUAGCGCCUUCGCGGAUUUCAAGAGAUGGAAGAUGAGGAAGGAAAUCGUUUCCGACGAAGAAGCAGAGGAAGACCCAGUCGUCAAGAGCUCUCUCAAGAUCAAAUUUGAAUGGAAGAUUUGGCAUAGCCAUUUCUUUCUCGAGGUAUUCUCUGAGAACAGGAAUUCGGAGGAAGAUGAAAUUUUUCUCUCGUUGCUCUGGUUUGCAAUAGUCGUCACCAAGAUCUGUGUCAUUUUCGGCACCUCUACACUCUUUCAGUUCAUGGCCAUACUGUCCACAAAGCUCACAAGCUCUUGGCUGAUUCGGUACAAAUUCUUCUCGAAUGAUGUUAAAAUUAGCCUCAUGUGUAGCAAUUCCAAGCAUAAUGAGAUCAGCAUCGGCUCCACAAAGACAGUGAACAGUAUUCGGAUCGUGAGCAGGGUUUCCACGCUGCUUUCGGAUGUAGUCCAUAAUCUUGUGCUCACCUUCUCCUGGAACAUUGGCAUGGCUUCAACUUCUACGGCAGUGCCGCCGAAAGCAAAAAGAAAGUUGGAUAAUGGGAAAAAGAAACCGAAAACUCUGAAAGAUGAGUUUGGAGAGAAACUCGAUAUCAAGCCUGUGAUUCCGAAACCAGCAGAUGAAUAUGAUUACGACUCAUCGGAUGAAGAAGAUCUCCGAAAUACUAUUGGAAACAUUCCAAUCAAGUGGUACGAUGAUGAAGAACACAUUGGAUAUGACAAGUUUGGAGAGAAAAUUAUUAAGCCUGCUAAAAAAGGAGAAAUUGAAACAUUCUUAGAGAAGAUGGAAGAUCCUGAUUAUUGGAGAAAAGUUUUCGACAAACAAACUGGAACUGAUAUCAGACUAACCGAUGAACAAAUCGAAAAGAUUCACAAUAUCGCUUCUGGAAAGUACCCCACUAUUGGUUACAAUCCUUAUGAGCCAUUCCUCGAUAUUUAUUCGUCUCAAAAAGAAAUUCAUCCUAUUGAUAAUCGUCCAGAACCGAAAGCUCGGUUCAUUCCAUCCAAAGAUGAAAUGCGUAUGGUUUCUCGUAUGGUUCACGCUAUCAGAAUGGGAUGGGCGAAGGGACCGAAAGCUAAGAAAGAAGAACCAAAAGCAUACGAUUUGUGGGCAGCGGAGGAUGCAUUGGACAAUGUCACAAAAUCUCAGCUAUCCAGAAUGCGUGUUCAUAUGCCAGCUCCAAAAGUUGCUCUUCCAAUUCAUGCAGAGUCUUAUAAUCCACCAGAGGAGUAUCUCUUCGAUGACGAUGAGCGCAAAAAAUGGGAAGAAACAGAAAAAGAAGACCGGGUUAUCAACUUUAUGCCUUCCAAAUACGAUGCUCUUCGCAAAGUGCCACAGUAUGACAAGUUUAUUACGGAAAGGUUCGAGAGAUGUCUCGAUUUGUAUUUGGCCCCACGCCAGAGAAAAAUGCGUAUUCAUGCAGACCCGACUGACUUGUUACCAGAUCUUCCGAAUCCUAAUGAUUUGCGUCCAUUCCCAACAACUCUUGCUUUCUAUAUGCGUGGACAUACUGGUCAAGUUCGAUCUAUUAGUGUUGAGCCAGAACGAGGAGAACUUUUGGCAAGUGGCGGUGAAGACGGAACAGUUCGUAUCUGGAUGAUGGCUACUGGACGUUGUAUUAAAACGUUCAAAAUGGACGGAGAAGUCACUUCAAUCGCUUUCUGUCCAGUCGCUGAUAGAACGCUCUUGGCAGUUGCUUAUGAAGGAAAAUACGUUGCAAUUCUGAAUACUGGAUGUGGAGACAGACUUCAUGUUCAACAAACCGAAUCACUUCUCGCGGAAACUCCAACCGAAUCUCAAGAAGAUGGAGCCGUUGUCACUUGGAGAAAAUCUAAGGAUAAAUUGGUUCUGAAAAUGCCAAAUGAAGUGCGUCAAGUGACAUGGCAUGCGAAGGGAGACUACUUCGCAAGUGUGUGUAUUGAUGACAUUGCCAAAUCAGUCUACGUGCAUCAAAUGAGCAAGGCCAAGUCUCAAUGUCCAUUCCAAAAGCGAAAGGGACAUGUACAAGCAGUUACUUUCCAUCCAACACAAGCUCGUCUUUUCGUGGCUACCAAGAUUCAUGUUAGAGAAUACGAUUUGGCUCGUUGUGUUCUUGUAAAGAAGCUUAUCACUGGUUGCAAACACAUUUCUUCAAUGGCUACUGAUGCGAACGGAGAGAAUUUGUUCUUAGGAGGAUUGGAUCGUCGUUUCUGUUGGAUGGAUCUCCAAAUGGGUAACAAACCGUGGAAGAAGCUGAAACAUCAUACUGCUGCUAUCAGAAGUGUUGCCUAUCACAAAAAGUAUCCAUUGUUGGCCACAGUUUCUGAUGAUGGAACUGCAAUGGUUUAUUAUGCAAGAAUUUAUUCCGAUUUCUCGAAAGACAAUGAGCUGUAUCCUGUGAAGAGACUCAGAGCUCACGAAAGAACUUCCAACGAUUUGUGCAUGCUUCAUACCACCUGGCAUCCAACUCAACCUUGGCUAAUUACUGCUGGAGCAGACGGAACGAUCGCUAUUUUUACCUAUUAG